AGCUGGCAGGAUAUAUCAUCCUAAGAAGCUUGGAUAAUCCCAGCUAAUCCUGAAUAAAAAUAGACACCCAUAAGGAAAGGAGAAAAGUACUGAAGAAUAUAGAUACUAUUCAGAGCUGUUUUAUCUGAGGCUCAGGCUUCAGUAGAUGGGCAAACAGGGUCCUCAGAAUUCUGUAUUUGGAGAAUUCAAGAGAAAUACAUUGGAAUGGAAGCUGAGCUAAACCAAACCAAAGCAAUAACACAAGAUGUAGAUGGAAAUGUGGAAGAGGAAUUGGUUGUGGCAGAAGAGGCAGCAGCAACAGAGGAUAAAAAACAGGAAGGAAGAUAUGAUUUUGUUUCAGUGGAAAACAUAAAUAGGUCUGGGAAUGAAGUAGCAAGAUCAGGUGAACACAAGACUGACAAUGAAGGAAAUCUUCAUUCUGAAGAAAAUCAGAUUUCACCUGAAAUUAAAAUCAAAGUCACAGAGGAGAUGUCUACCCAAAACACUGAAAAACAUGAAGAGACAACACACACCAAGCCUGCAGUAGCUGAUAUAAAGGGUGACACUAAAAAGGAGCAAGCAAGUAGAAAAGACACAGCUGAUUUUGGACUUACAGAUCCUGGAGCUCAAGCAGAUAGCACCAUAACAACUGAUACUAUGACGGCUUCCGAUAAAGAGGGUAAUCGUGAAAAAGAAUUUCAUAAAAGCAGCGCUGAUCUGUCUCGAUCUUCAACUGUAUCAAAAAUAUAUGGAGGAGCUAUAAAGAAAGACAUUGCAGAAAAAUUUGGAGGGGUUGCAUCCUCAGGCAUUCGAGUAAAAAGGUCAACAAGCUGUGGUGCCAGUGCUGUUAAAAAUAUGCUUCUGGAUUGGUGCCGAGCAAAGACUCGAGGUCGCGAGGGAGUAAAUAUUCAGAAUUUUUCCAGCAGUUGGAGCAAUGGCCUUGCAUUCUGUGCUCUUAUAUUGGCCUUCUUCCCUGACGCAUUUGACUAUGAGUCUCUUGACCCCAAGAAUAGAAGACAGAACUUUCAACUGGCAUUCAGCACAGCAGAGAAACUGGCAGACUGUCCUCCUCUUUUGGAUAUAGAGGACAUGGUGCAUAUGAAGGUCCCUGAUUCCAAAUGUGUUUACACCUAUGUGCAAGAACUGUAUCGAAGCUUGGUUGCUAAGGGGCUGGUGAAAACCAAAAAGGCUUGAGAUUGUCAACUGCAAAUAAAUGAGGCAUGCUUCUGACGAAGCGGCCAAAGCCGCGAAACUAGUCAAGCCGAAUGUCAUUUUAUUCUUCACUCCUUGCCGUGUUUUACUGAUGUUGUAUCUAAUAAAAAUGCUUUCUAUAUAAUUGUA